ACUUCUGCGGGUUUAGGUAUUUAACUUUCUAUAUAUUCUGGCCCGCCUCCUGUCCACAAUAAAGAUUUGAUUUUUGGUUUAAAUACCCCUUGGCCUGUCCUGCAUUUUCUCCCACUUCUCCACGCUUCAUUUCGUUAAGCUACAGACCACACGAACGCAGAGCAGAUCAAAUUUGAUGAACAUGGGGGAAAGCUACCUGGCCGGCUACCAACGUCUGGAAUGCGGCGGCAACGGCGGCGGAGGAGACGGCGGUUCUCUCCCGCCUGGUUUCAGGUUCCACCCGACAGAUGAAGAGCUCAUCACUUACUACCUCCUCAAGAAGGUUGUCGACGGCUCCUUCUCCGCCAGGGCCAUUGCCGAAGUUGACCUCAACAAAUGCGAGCCGUGGGAGCUACCUGAGAAAGCAAGAAUGGGGGAGAAAGAGUGGUACUUCUUCAGUCUCCGGGACCGGAAGUACCCGACCGGGCUGAGGACGAACCGGGCGACGGAGGCGGGUUACUGGAAGGCCACCGGAAAAGACAGAGAGAUUUACAGCUCCAAAACGACGACGUGUGCUCUGGUUGGGAUGAAGAAAACCCUCGUCUUCUACCGGGGGAGGGCUCCCAAAGGUGAAAAGACGAAUUGGGUCAUGCAUGAGUAUCGUCUUGAUGGCAAGUUUGCCUAUCAUUAUUUCUCUCGAGCCUCUAAGGAUGAAUGGGUCAUUUCGAGGGUUUUCCAAAAGAGUGGCGCCGCUGCGGCGGCCACUAGCCUCGCCGGUGUCGGAAAGAGGAGACUACCCCCGGGCCGUAUCAACCUCUACCCGGAAGUUAGCUCUCCCUCCUCCGUCUCUCUGCCGCCGCUGAUCGACUCAUCCUGCAUGUCCUACAACACCGCCACCUCCGCCUCUACGGCGGCAGCUGCGGCGGACCACGACAUCUGCUCCUACGACGACGACGCCUCCGCCAAGGAGCACGUGCCCUGUUUCUCCACUUCCGGCCUCUUUGACAUCCCAGCGCCGCCGCCGCUCGGGUCGUCCAACUUCACGCAUCUCAUUGACCAGUCAACUUCUCAUCUCUCGUCGUCGUUGACCCGUUUCGGCAUUCCAAGAGGCAGCAACGUCGGCGGCGGCGGCGGCGGCAUGUCAGCGUUUCCCAGCCUGAGGUCGCUCCAAGAAAAUCUGCAGCUCCCGUUCUUUAUCUCCGGCAGUUCGACCCCGUUUGACGGCGGCAGCGCCGCCCAAAUGGGCGGCGGAGGUGGGUACGCCUCUUUCCCGAACUGGUCCCAGCUGGCAGAACCCCAGAGAGUUGGCAACUCCGAGCUCGACUGCAUGUGGACCUACUGAUUGAAGAAUAAUAAUUCAGCCAAUUCCAAAUCUCUACGUUUAUUUGGUAAUUAGGAAUUAAUUAAUUAUUUAGUUAAUUAAUCUCUUGAACUUCUAUCCAUCGAGGAGUAUUAAUUGUUAUAAUUAUAAUUAAUUAAUGUAUUAAUAAGGAAGACAAGAUGGAUGAUUAAUUGUGUGUGUGUUUUCAUCGGAUUAGAUUAUCGGAGACAUUGUACGGCGGGGGCAGCCUUAAUUAUUAAUGUGAUGUUUGUUAUUGUCCUCUUGCCUGGUAACCGUGUGCGUGAUCAAAAUAUAUGUCCGUU